AUGGCCGCGCAGGUGUCCGCCCUCGCGCUGCCGAGCCCGCAGGCAGCUCUGAAAGCGCGGCUCCGAGACGCGGAGGUGCUGAGCUUCGACGACGUGGCGCACCUGCCGAAGCCGGGCACGCUGGGCCUCGCGUCCGCCAAGUUCUCGCCCGACGGGUCGCACCUGACGUACCUCGCGUCGACGGACCAGGGCUCCAUGGCCAAGGCGCUCUACGCCUACGACGUCGCGACGGGCGAGACGUCCGUCGCCUUCUCCGGCGGCGACGGCGCGACGUAUUCGCUCGAGGAGCAGCUCCGCCGCGAGCGCGCGCGCGUCAUGGCCACGGGCGUCACGAGCUACGCCUGGGCGAAGAAGGCGCCCAAGCUGCUCGUCCCCCUCGAGGGCGCGCUCUACGUCAAGGAAGGGGUUAAUGGCGAAGCGACGCGCCUCUUCGACCCCGCGGACCACCCCGACGUCGGCUCGGGCGCGUGCCUCGACGCGAAGAUCUCCGACGACGGGUCGACGGUGGCCUUCGUCUGGGACGACGAGGUCUGCGUCUGCGCGGCCGGCGGCGGCGCGCCCGCGCGCCUGAGCACCGGCGCGCGGGGCACGGCGGGGCUCACGCACGGCGUCGCGGACUACUGCGCCAUGGAGGAGAUGGACCGCUACGACGGCCUCUGGCUCUCGGCGGACGGCACCAAGGUCUGCUACGAGGCCUGCGACGAGUCCGCGGUCCAGGUCUUCGGCAUCCCCCAUGCGGGCGACGCGGACCCCAUGUCGACGGAGAGCCACCGCUACCCCUUCGCGGGCGCCGUGAACCCGGCCGUGAAGCUCGGCGUCGUGGCCGUCGCGGGCGGCGCCACGGCCUGGCUCGACGUCGUCGGCGCCGCGGGGCUGGGGCACGACGUCUACCUCGCGCGCGUCGCCUGGGCCGACGAAGCGACGGUCCUCGCGCUCGUGCAGAACCGGGCCCAGACCGUCGCGCGCCUCGUCGCGCUGGACGCCGGCGGCGGCGACGCGCGCGUCGUGCUCGAGGAGACGAACGACGCCUGGAUCAACCUCGACGACGCGCUGCGCUGGGGCGUCGCCGAGGGCGAGCUGCUCCUCGCGUCGGAGCGCGGCGACGGCGUCAAGCGCCUCUACGCGCACGACGCGGCGACGGGCGCGGAGCUCCGCUGCGUGACGCCGGGAAACAUCAUGGUCGAGGAGCUCGUGAAGGUGUCCGAGACCGAGGUGUAUUUCCUCGGCAGCGACCUCUCCAAACCGCUCGAGCGGGGCCUCUUCGUCGCGCCCUACGGCGGCUCCGAGACGCCGGAGCGGCUGAGCGACGCGGGCGCCUACUCGAGCUCCGCGGCCGCGCCGACGAAGGCCGAAGUCCGAGCCGGCGGCGCGUCCGCGGUCCUCUACGACGCGUCCGAGGAGGACCCGCGCGUGGCGUCCCUCGCCGCCGGCCUGCGGCCGCCCGAGUUCGUGACCUUCCCGUCCGCCGACGGCGCGGUCGAGCUCCACGCGGCCAUCUACGCGCCCGACGCGGCGGUCCACGGGCCCGGCCCCUACCCGACGGCCGUGAGCUGCUACGGCGGGCCCCACGUCCAGUUCGUCGCCGACAAGUGGUCGACGGUCUCCGCGGACCUCCGCGCGCAGAAGCUGCGGUCCGAGGGGUUCCUCGUCGUCAAGUGCGACAACCGGGGGUCCGCGCGGCGCGGCCAGCCCUUCGAGGCGGCGAUCAGGGGCAACCUCGGCGACCUCGAGGUCGCGGACCAGGUCUCGGCCGUCGACUACGUCGUCGCGCGGGGCCUCGCGGACAAGGACCGCGUCGGCAUCUACGGCUGGAGCUACGGCGGCUACCUGAGCGCCAUGUGCUUGGCGCGCGCUCCGCGGACGUUCCGCUGCGCGGUCGCGGGCGCGCCCGUCACGUCCUGGGACGGCUACGACACGCACUACACGGAGCGCUACAUGGCCGGCGGGCCCGCGGAGAACCCGGGAGGCUACGCGUCGUCGUCCGUGAUGACGCACGCGGCCGACAUCGAGGGCGCGCUCCUGCUCGUGCACGGCCUCAUCGACGAGAACGUCCACUUCCGCCACACGGCGCGCCUCAUCCAGGCGCUGGUCGACGAGGGCAAGGCCUACGACCUCCUCUGCUUCCCGAACGAGCGCCACUCGCCGCGGUCCGAGAAGGACCGCGCGUUCAUGGAGGCGCGCGUCUUCGCGUUCCUCGACACGUGGCUCCGCCAAUGA